AUGCAUUUCACUUGUUCUCUUGUCACAUUGACUGUUGUUUUUGGGGCUGUGAAUCUGAGCCAUUUUCGUGGAGGUACCAUUCGAUGGCAACCUGUCGAUGUCAGUGCCGUCAGUAGCAGCACGACUGAUAUUAUUAUCGAACAGAGCUAUUCAUGGAGACGCUCAGCUAACUGGUGUAAUGAUACUACAAUUUUAACUCAAGGUUCCAUCGGUGAUAUAGCCUAUUUACGAUGUUCGACAACGCCUAGUUGUGGUGGAUAUACGAAUAAUCUGUUAACAACCGUUCCGUGCACAGAUUAUAGUGUCAGUGUAGAUGUGUCCAGUGGUCGCAAGUCAAGCAUAUUAACCCUGAACAGCUCCUCACACCUUGUACUGCAAUUUUCUGGGACCGCAUGGCUGCCAUUAAAGAUGGGUGGUACAUCUUGGAGUAUCAGUACUAUGAUUAAUUUGGAGCUUCGCAAAGACAACGGUCGUCUCAACACGCCUCCUACAUCGAGUAUCUUGCCCGUAGUAGCAGUACCAAUCAACGUUCAGCGUACCAUAGUAGUGCCUAUGGUUGAUGAUGACAACGACUACGUCAGAUGCCGUUGGGCUGAGAAAAGUCAUAAUUUCAUUUCUUUUCCAAAUAAUGUUACAAUCGAUGAAUGUGGUGACGUGUGUAGUACAGUACCGAAUGCGACACUCGUCGGAGGCAACAAUGAAACAUCAUGUAGAUUAACAUUUACUGGCACAUCAAGUGGCUACUAUUUAGCUGCGAUACAAAUUGAAGAUUUCUAUAGAAAUACGAGUAUUACAAUAGCACCAUUGAGUACAGUGCCGGUACAAUUCCUAAUCUAUGUUUCCAAUAAUAUUUGUCAACCAACUAUUAUUGGACCAUAUCCAAAUGGUGCCACCGUCCAGGUCAAACGAAAUAUGAGUAUGUCAUCUGUAGCCAUCGUCGGACAAACUAAUUGUGCGAAUACAACGAUCACGGAUUUUCUCAAGAUAAGACCGACAGGCAUGACAACAUCAGCCAUUGUCCGAGAUCCAAACAAUUCCAGUCUCUACUCGAUACAAUUAGAUUGGAUUCCGACAUUGUUUGGAUCACAAACGUUCUGCUGUGCAGCUAUUGACAACACUCUAGCACAAUCAGAAAUGUAUUGUCUGACAUUUCAAGUCGUAGACUCUCCGAUUACUGCACCCACAGCUACUGCUAAUCAAUCUAAAGAACCAAAUAUUGGUCUGAUUGUCGGCUUGUUACUGGCUGGCCUCUCAUUGUGCUGUUUAUGUUGUUGGUGGUUGUGCUUUAAAUGGCUUUGUCCAUUCCGUGGACGUGAUCCUUGUGCUUGGAUUCGACGACAUAUAUUUCAACGCGACGCAUACUUGAAAAAGCAGCUUCCCAAAAAUCGAUCAAACUUUGUUCCAACAUCAGCAUCAUCAUUGUCGAAAAUGACUGCCACCAGUAGCGCCUAUGACCGUGGCAAUACGAUCAGCACUGGAAAAACGACCCGUUUGUCCAAUGAUCUAGCAGAAUUAGGACGUCGAUAUGCUAACAACUCUUUGACAACUUUAAAACAACCGAUUAAACAUAUUCGAACGAGUAUUGAAUUGAUAAGAAAAGCAUGUCAGAAAAACCAACAGCCAGUGGAAGAAUUCGUAAUGAAACAAUAUUCAUCAUUAAGCAAUUCUGACAGUACUGUUCAUGUUCAGCGUGUAAAUUCAGUCCGAAAAGAUGUUCAGCAAACGUACCAAGUUGCUAAAGAAGAAAGUCAUUUGACUCAAAGUUGUAAUGCUAGCUCUAUUGGUAUGCUAACUGAUUGCGAAGACCUUGAUGACAAACAUCAACAUCGUCAGCGAAAACAUACUAAUCAGCAUAGAGUGAAAACUGUCACCGUUACGAAAGUGUCCUGUCGUAAAAAAUCUGCUGUUCCAUCUAUAUCCUGUUAA